AUGGCCUUCCUAGACACGUGUAAUGGCUCCAUCGAGAGUGUACUUCUAGGAUAUAUCCGCCACUCUAUGCCUAGAAUGAGAGGUGCCUUUGGUCAGAUUAUUCGUAACAUCAUAGGUGACAGACGUGAUGAUGUAGAGAGAAUUCCACCAACAGCAUCAAACAGACGACGCAACGAAGCAAAUCGUCCUAUUAGGCAGCGUCGUCGAAGACAACAGGAGGUUCAGGACGAUGAUGUUGACUCCACCGAGCAUGCACAUAUGGAGGAGGAUGUCCCUCAGCCGCCACAGAUGGAGCAGACCGCUGAUGAUACUCCUGAUACUUCUGCACAUCCUGACGCUGAUGAGUCCGAUGAUGCUGAUGAUAUUGAUGAGCAGGAUCAGCAGACGGGAUUUCCCGGAGGACCGACAGUGACAUCUUUGUUGACACAGUAUGAGCAUCACGUGGCUCGGAGGUUAUGGGAAGGAGAGGAUCGUGGAUCACUAAAGGUAAUUACUCACGGAUUGAAAUUGAAGAAGUUUGCGGAAGUUCCUAUUCCAGCUCCUGUAGAGCAUUGGAUUCAGGAAUCUGGGCUGAUGCAUCUAUCUUCAGGCUACCUCACAAUGGCGGAUGCUGGUCUGAUAUCGGCAUUUGUUGAAAGAUGGCACCGAGAGACCAGCUCAUUUCAUCUGCCAUUUGGAGAGAUGACGAUCACCUUAGAUGAUGUUGCAACUCUCCUUCACAUCUCACCGCAUGGUAAAUUUUUUGAUGCACCUUUGAAUAUGAAUACUAAUAAUGCUGUAAGAGCUGCACAUGAGUACUUAGGUGCAACAUGGGAGGAAGCAUGUGCUGAGAUUAGUUAUAAUAAAUUUGGCUGCACUAUUUUCACCGAUAAAACACAUACGCGUGUUGAGGCGAAAUACAUUUCUCUUUUUAUUGAUUUACAUCGUUGUCGAGAUUACUCGUGGGCUUUCGCGGCAUUAGUUUUUCUUUAUGACAACUUGGGAGAUGGAGCUAUCCACGACACUCGACAGCUGGGAGGUUACAUGAGCCUACUGCAGUGUUGGAUUUACGAGCACUUCCCUAGGAUCUGUAAGCGGGGUGAUAGAGGAGCGGUUCCUGCGCAUCGGCCAAGAGCAUGUAGGUGGACUGCAAAACAUGCUGUUGAAGGUGGAUUGAUGGCAUAUCGUCGGAGACUUGAUGGGUUGUUGCUCGAGGAUGUAGUGUUUACACCGUAUGAUGAUGAUCGAGCUAAUCAUCCGUUUGUAUCGGUUUCGAUGUUUUCUGGAUAUCUUCGAUGUGGUGGAGUCUCAGUCCCAUAUUUGCCAGAGUGACGUCUUCGACAGUUUGGUCGUAUUCAGUGCAUUCCGCGGGACGUUCCUCCGAUGCCGGACAGUGUAGAUUGGGUGUGGCAGAGUACUAUGAGAUCAUCUGUAGAGACCUUUCGGAGACUAUAUCAUGUUGCCACUUUUCCUGGAGAGGUCACUGCAGACUACUAUGCAUGGUACAUUAGUGUUUCACAUCCUCUGAUUCUCCCUCCAUCCACCGUUGCACCUUCGAGUCCACAUACUACUGUUGCUGCCCAUGCUGGUCCAUCAUCGUCUGCACAUGCUGGUAUAGACCCUAGAGAUCUUAGAGACCGUAGAGCAGCUGAGCUUGCACAUAGGGCCUUAAAUAUGGUAAGACCAUAUAGUGAGAUUCAUGAUACAUUGAGUGAAUUAUGUCGCUUGUAUGACGAUUAGUUAUUGUGUUAUUGUGUUAUGUAUGACUGAAUAUUAGUUAUUGGUUUAUUGUGAUAUUUUGAGAUUA